AUGCAACAACCCUGGCUUCUUUGUGGAGAUUUCAAUGAGAUUGGGGAUGUCUCUGAAAAGAAAGGGGGAGCUCCCUGUGACAUGCUCCAAAUUAGAAGGUUUAGGGACUGGAUAGAUGAUUGCAAUCUCAUAAACCUGGGGUUCAAAGGCACCAGAUUCACCUGGAGAGGUCCGCUAUGGAGUAAUGGUUGUCGUAUAUUUAAGAGGCUAGACAGGACUUUGUGCAAUGCAGAGUGGAGUCUGCGAUUUCAGGAUGCAAUUGUAGGAACUCUUCCCAGAGUUCGCUCAGACCACUACCCCUUGUUGAUAAGAUGUGAGAGGAGAAGUGGAUGUCCAACUGCCAAACCUUUCAGUUUUGAGUACAUGUGGAUGCAACACUGCGAAUGGAACCAAUUGAGGACUUCACAAUAA